GGUGUGUCCGGCCGCCCGCGCCUUCCCUCCGCCCCUCGGUCUAGCCGCCACACGCCGCGGGAGCUCGGACCGGGCGCCCGUCCCUCCCUCUCGUUCCUUUUCGCGGCCGCGCAGCCCGGAGCCAGCGGGAGCCCCGUGCUCACCAUGUCGGUCGCGCUCAGCAACAGGUUUCAAGGAGGGAAGGCGUUCGGCUUGCUCAAAGCCCGGCAGGAGAGGAGGCUGGCGGAGAUCAACCGGGAGUUUCUCUGUGACCAGAAGUACAGCGAUGAGGAGGACCUGCCGGAAAAGCUCUCAGCCUUCAAAGAGAAGUACAUGGAGUUUGACCUGAACAAUGAAGGCGAGAUUGACCUGAUGUCUUUAAAGAGGAUGAUGGAGAAGCUCGGGGUCCCCAAGACCCACCUGGAGAUGAAGAAGAUGAUCUUGGAGGUGACAGGCGGGGUCAGCGACACCAUCUCCUACCGAGACUUUGUGAACAUGAUGCUGGGGAAACGGUCGGCUGUCCUCAAGCUAGUCAUGAUGUUUGAAGGAAAAGCCCAGGAGAGCAGCCCCAAGCCGGUUGGCCCCCCUCCAGAGAGAGACAUUGCCAGCCUGCCCUGAGGACCCCGCCCGGACCUGCCCCUGCCCUCCCUGCCCCGUUCCUCCCUCCUGGUCUCGCUGCCCUCUGGACUCAUCGUGUUUCAUCUUAUUUGGUUUUUUUUUGGUCGUUGGGCAUGUUUAUUUCUUUUCAUCUGAAGAAUCAGUGAUCUCUUUGUGAAGCACCAAUUAUCUGCCUUAAAGAGACUCUGGGACCGCCCCCCUCUCCUUCCCUCCUCCCUCCACCCCCACCCACGCAGAAGGGCUGACACCAACCCCAAAACUAGAGGGGGUAGGGCCAGGCAGGGAGGCUGGAAGCCUGUGACCCCACGCUUGGAGCUGGUAUUGUCUGUUCUUCCUGGAGGUCUCUGAGCUUAGCCCAGGCUCGCCGGCCCGGCCCUGCUGAGGACUUCAGCCCCUUUCAGAAGACACUGGGGUAGGGACGGGGCUGCAGGUCUUGCUAGGUUUUCCCCAGAGUUGUCCAGGAGGUCACCACUCAUUGCCCCACUGCCCCAGGUGAUGCCCCCCUCAGGCCAUGCUUCUUCUCGUCCUCACUCAGGUGAUGGAAGGAUUGAGCCCUUCAAGAAAUUCCAGAAGGGAAUUCCAGAAGAAGUCCUCUGGCCUAGCCAUCCCCACCCUCCCUGCCAGCCAUACCUUUACAGGCAGCUCAGAGGGAGCCCUGUCCCUUGCUGGGCGGCAAGGACUUUGGAGGUAGAAGGAAGGCCUGGGGCCUUGUGGAGGGAGGCUCGUCUCAGUCCAGUCCUACCCCAGAACCAUCCCCAGGGAGGAUGCUGAGGGCAACAGGUGAGGGGGGCGAAGGAUAAAAUGCUCGUGGCAAAGAGUCAGCACAACUGUGAAGCCAAGACAUGAGAGACGGGAUGCUGCCUUUCUGACCCCAGUCUCCUUGAACACUGGCUGUGCUUCCCCAACUCACCUCCCCACCUUACAUCACUCAUUCAUUCAUUCACUCAGUCCCUCAGAUGACAGAUAUUUAUUGACCUCUUAUGAUAAGCUUUAAGGCUCCCCUCCCACUUUGUCCUGACCUGUGCUGUGUCCACUGUCUCACUCGUCUCUUCCAAACUGCCCCAAACCUUGAGCUUAGGGAUUGGACUGUGGCUCACCCAUGUCCUCCAUUCUGGACUCAGGGUUUUACAGCCCUGAUUUACCCUGUAGGUUAGCGGAGCCAGGCCUCUCGUUUCACUGGGGAGAACACUGUGGUGGCCCACAGAAUCAAGUGCCUUGCUGAAGGUCAGGGGCUACUGUGGAGACUGAAGUGUCUGGACUCAAGCCCUGGUGUUCAGAUGCCCGGCCCCUGCUCGUCUCUGCUCUGGGUUGCCUCAGGCAGUGAUGAAACCAAAGGGAGAGCCAGUCUCCUAGGUCAGCGCUGGGGGGAGACCCUGGGCCAGGACUCGCCUUUCCAGAGCCUCCGAGUCUGCAUCAGGGUUUGGGUCAGGGCCAGGCUGCCUUUGCAGUUCUGCCCUCCCUAGAGCUGCAGCUAAGCCAUGUCUCGGGACUUGGGACUCACACAGGUGCCACACUCAGCCCCAAGCUGGCCGAGCAGGAACCUUAGCCUGGACCCCACCUGUGUUCUGGGUCCCUUACCCUUAGACACACGCAUCUAUUGAACCUAUUUAUUAAGCACCUGCUGUGGGCUGAGCACUAAGAACCGGUAGUGAAAUAGACAGACUCAUGGAACGUAGAGUCUUGUGAGGAAGCCAGACCCAGGCAAGGACAAGGGAGAUGGAUGUUAGGAAAGAGGGAGCUAAUGGGUGACUGCACUGAAAUUUUGAGGGCCUAGCUGGGCCCUAGAUGAGGCGAGAGUCUUGGAGAAGCCCUUGCCAAACCUGAAGUGGAGAGGUCUGGGUGCUGUUGGAGGCUGGAGCCAGUGUGGGCGCCCUGCGGCUCCUCGGUGCCCCAUACUCAGGGCCCAGGGAGCUGCCCUGACAGCAGCUUGAGGGACUGUGGCAGGUAGGGGGUGGGAAAACACCUGGGGCUGGUUCAUCAGCUGGUCUUAACCAGUGCAAGAGCAAGAUUACUUUGGCCAUGACUGAUCUUUAGGUGGGCUAAGGAGCUGCUCAAGUGCACAGGCCUAGUUGAAGUUUAAACCCCAGCAAAACAGUUCUCCCUGUAAGUGUAAAAUCUCAGCCCACCUCCUUCUCUGUCUUGUUUUCUUCCCCCCGAGAGAUCGUUAGAUAAGCAACUGCCUGUCUCCACCACUCCCUCUACCUCUCCUCUCUGGGACAGGAUGAGACCUUUGUCAAGAUGAGGCUUUCUUGGACUGCCCAUCAGUGUACCUGACUCUCACUCAGAGGAGGCAGAGCCAAUGGGGUUUAUUUCAAUAGGCUCAGCGGUUUACAGGACCCCAGGAAAGCCUCCCUGGGGAGGAGAGCUCGUGGGCAUGACCCCACCUCUGGAAAAGGCAGGAAUGGGAGCUCUCUCACUGCAAGGGGAAUGUCCUGGGAAAGCCCACCUGAUCCUUUGCCAUUUUUGGAACUCAACUCCUAGAGGGGAGAGGGGCUCAGGAGUGGUCUCUGGAAAGGGGGUUCUCGUGUAUUGCAGGUUGUGUCUAUUGGCUCUAGAACUCUACUUCUCUGGCGAAGGGCUCAUCUUUUUAGAACUUCAGCUGUCUUCUUUCUGAAAGACCAAAUCUUACUAAUGUAACCAGAAACUCGGGGACUGCCAAGUCUGGCUUUGUCCCCGUGACUCAAAAUGAAGGAGUGUGUCGCGCAAGUUCAGGUGGAUGCAGUAUGUGUGUGCGCAUGCCUGUGAGCGUGUGUGAUGCCGGUUGUCCUCUGCACAUACUGGAAAUAAAACAGACAAACUGA